AUGCUUCUGCCCGGAGCUCGAGCCGACACACACACUCAGCCCGACCCCUCUUUGUUCCCGGCUCGAAUUUCUCAGCUUGGCUCGCCGGCUCGCGGAUCUGCACGCCUCCGCCGGCCAGCUCUGUCAAAGCAAAGAGCUGCGCCCCUUGGGUUCGCCCAGCCGAGGGGAGGGGACACCCUGAGCUUGGCCGCGUGCGAGGCUCCGGGCGCGUCCUGGUUCUUCGGCCCGAGAGCGCGCAGCCCGGGUCCCUCCUCCGCGCCCUGCCCCGCAGAUCCUGUAGGACGAGUAUUGGUUUUGGGGUGUGUGAGUGUGUGUGUGCGCGCGCGCCUGGAGGGAAGGAUCAGGCAACUUGGCGAGAGAAGGAAUGACCCGGCGCUGCUUAUAACCCACCGAGAGGCACGCUUUGCCCGCGAUUGUUGUAAAUCUUCUGAUGAGCAGCACUUAGAAGGGGCUUUAGUAAAAUCCAUGCGCCCCAAAUUUGUGAAGCUUCGUUUGGGAGAGAGGUUGACACUUCCACGUGAAGUCUUUCUUUUGGAAAAAGCAGGAGGACGCACGACGGGCGAACCGCCUCUUCGGGUGCGAGUGGGAUCCCAGGUCCGGGAUGUGGUGGGUGCGGUGCGGGAGAGGCACCCGCCGCCCGCCGCCCCCUUCACUCGGAUGUUAGAGGCAAGUUGUUCGUGUGAACUCGAGCGAACGACUUUUGGGAGCAAACUUGUUUUGUAUCAACACUUCCUUCUACAUCGGGCGCCGUCGCCUCAACUGUGCGUGGGGGGCGAGACGCCCACCCCGCACAAGAACAGAGGAGCCGGGGAGAAGAGACGGCCUCGCUGCCCACGGGGUAAGCGGAGCCCAGUCAAGCUCGGGAGCGGGCAGCAGAGCCAGAGGAGUGACCCCCACUCACACCAGAAAACCCCUCCCCCCCGGCGAUUUUGUUGCCAACUCGAGUCGGCUACAGACAGUCCAAGGCGGAACUCCGACCCCCUCGAAUUCCCACCCCGUCUUCGCCUGGAGACGAAAGCUGUGGGGCAUCUUCAGUUUAACGGACCUCGCAGAAAAGGAGAGAAGGGGGGCGAGGGAAAUGGCAGUUUGUGUCCCAGGGGUUCUUCCGCUUCUUCUUGCCGCCUCCUAAAGACAAACAGACUCAACCCCUCACCCUCCGGGGUAUCAGGGAACUCGUGGGACCGUGAAAAAGUCGUUCCCAAAUCCGGCCGCCUGCGGACGUCGGGCUUCCGCGGGGCCGGCGCCCGUUGGCGUCUGCAGCUCGGCGCAGCCUCGCGGGGCUCGAGCGAGCGGGGUCCGCCACCCCUCCCGCCCUCCUGCGGCUUUCCCCGCGCUGGGCCAGUGCAGGCCGAGCCCCGCGUCCCUGCCUCGCUGGGUGGGGGUCCCGGGCGCGGCUGUCCAGAGGGCCGCCUCCUCCCACGGCCUGCGGGCAAGGGGCGCAACCCACCCCGCUCUGCAGGCCGCCCCUCUGCCAGCUGGGAGGCGAGGGUACACGUCCUAAGGCUGCCCAAGAGGGCGAGGAAUCGCGCCGGUAGGAGAGCGCACGGGAACCAGCAACGCAAGGCAGGCACAGGGGAGCCGAACGAGCCAGACAGGGCCCAGCCACGCGCCCUCGUCGCUGGGCUGCUCUCCGCGACGGGAACCCGGGCUCCCACGCAUGGGGAAUGCCUACAAUGGAGCAGGAAUGGAGGCCCCUUUGUGUGACUAAAUUUGGCAAGAAUAUGGAUCCGAGCCAGUCUUUCCACGUGUGCUCCCAGCUCCCAGCUGAGAAGGCCAAGGGUUCUCUUCCGGAUGCAGCCUUUUUGAAAUUUAUUCUUGGUCAAAAGAGGAACAUAGAUCAAGGAUUCUAUCUUGCUUUUGCGGGGCAAUGGAGAGACCCUGAAAACAAGGAAAACCUGGGGCCUUCUAUAAGAAAAUAAACUCCCUGAAAGGGGAGGCAUGGCCAAGGAACUUACUUAUUUUUAUAAAUCUCUUUCCUGGAUGGAUAUGGUAAUGGAUGUGUUUCUUGAAUUGUGGUAAAUGCACCUCAUAAAAUGGAUGGACUGGGGCUGUAUUCUCAGGCUUCCUGGGCUCCGUUGACAUUGGGCAAGCAUAUAAUCCCUAGUUUGAGGCUAGAAGCCAAAGCCACAACCUUCUUGCAGUACCAACUGAGCCAUUGGGAGAUUAAUGCAGAACAAGGUCAUUAGUCUCAUUGUUUAUCCGGUUACUUGCCGCACAGAUUUGUGUAAAUUUCAGCUACAGUGGUUGCAGCCUGCCUUUGAUGUGUGUAAUCUGUACAUUUUAGUGCUCCAGGAAAGUGCCUGAUUGACAAGAUCUACAUCCAAUGCCCAGAAAACACAUCCUGCACAGGCACAGUGAAGCGUAGAGUUGAACAAUUUUCCAGUGAGUUCCGUCAAAGUAAAUAAACCAACCUAGAGGGUCAGGA